AUGGUGAAGGGCCGAUUCACCGUCAACCCGUUUACGGAGUUGAUUCUUACACCUUCUGACACUAACACCCUUCACGAGAUUUCCAGUGCCGUCCUUGCCUGGAAUCUGUCACGAUAUGAAGAUUUCAUCGAGGUCGACAAAGGUGAAAUUGACCAGAAUCACUGGAAACUUGUCAAAAGUCGAGACAAUGCCCGAGUUUUCCAGGGGAGGACGGAAGGCCAUACUCGCCAUGGAAUGCCAUCUCAUCAAACUGCUGAGGCUCUGUCGGAUCUGCCAUCGUUGCUCUGCGUCGGCACUGCGAUUGGUGAAAUGGAAGACAUGAUGUUCGGUGUGAUAAACCCGACACUCGAGAUCAUGCGGAUCAAGGCUUCGUAUGUGGAUGACGUGAGUGGCGCUGCAAUCCUUGCUAAUAUUGUUGACCCAACAGUAGAGAACCCGUUCAACUCCCUUGUCGUCAAGUGGAUGGAAAUGGAUAUCCCUCUCCAGUCGAUGGGUAUUGUGAGAAACCGCGACUAUAUUUACGUUGAGGCUACAGGCUUUGCGCAUCUUGCUAGCGGCGAGAAAGUGGGGUAUCAUAUCUUGCACUCGGUUGAUUUCCCAGAGACACACAAGCUGCCAAAUCGAGUUCGUGCAAACCUGUCCAUCUGCAGCUUCUUCCGCCAACUUCGACCAGAUGUCAGCGAAAUCUUCGUGACUGGUUUGAUGGAUCCGGGUUGCGGCAUAACCCGCAUGCUGGUCAUUCCUACAAUGGCUAACGCAUUGCUGGCGACGUUGAAGUAUGCUCAUUGUGGACAGAUGAAGAAGUUGCAGCACACACUGGAGAUGCGCUAUGCAGAAGCAAAGGAAUUGGGCACGCCUAACCGAGAACACGUCUGCAUAACUUGCAAUGCCCCAAUCACGAACCGAAAAUUUGGAGAUUUCAGCAAGUCUGACGCAACGUGCAAACUCUGUUUCGGUUACGUGUGUCACGGCUGCAAGAUCCAGAGGAAACUUAGUUUCGUGACUCCAGAUCUGUUGUUGGCUCAGAGGGGGGUCACAUUUUGUGCGGUGUGUCUAAACGAUGCUAUCAGAGCACCUGCAGCCAAUGCAGCAAGAGCUCAGAUAGUAACUUCAGCUAAUGGAGUGUCGAAGAAUCACUCGUACAAACACUACUCUUCAGAGACGAGCACCGUUUCUGAAUACAAGAGUAGUUUUGGGUAG